GGGUGUUUUUGGGGUGCCCCAGGUCCGGGAUGACGUGCAGCGCCUGCACCCCUGCUUGCUGAGCUUCCACAGCCUCCCGAGCCCGAGCGCGGCUACAACCUGCAGAUGUCGGGGGAGACCCUCAAGACGCUGCUGGCCCUGGGCUGCCACGUGGGGAUGGCGGACGAGAAGGCCGAGGAGAACCUGAAGAAAAUCAAACUGCCCAAAACGUACACCAUGUCCAACGGGUACAAGCCGGCCCCGCUGGACCUGUCGCACGUGCGGCUGACGCCGGCCCAGCUGACCCUGGUCGAUCGCCUGGCCGAGAACGGCCACAACGUCUGGGCCCGGGACCGCGUGCAGCAGGGCUGGACCUACAGCACCACGCAGGACAUCAAGAACAAGCGGAACCCCCGGCUGGUGCCCUACAACCUGCUGGACGAGGGCACCAAGGCCACCAACCGCGAGAGCCUGUGCCAGGCCGUGCGCACCCUGCUGGGCUACGGCUACAACAUCGAGCCCCCCGACCAGGAGACGCCCUCACAGGGGGCAGUUCCCGGGGGUCCCCGCGCCCCCCGGCCGCGGCUGUUCCGCGCAGAGCGGGGCUCUCUGUGUCCCAUUUCUGGGGCUCCCUGGGGUGCAGUUCCCGGGGGUCCCCGCGCCCCCCGGCCGCGGCUGUUCCGCGCAGAUCGGGGCUCGGCCGUGCGCAGCGGCCGCUGGUACUUCGAGUUCCAGGCGGUGACGGCCGGGGAGAUGCGCGUGGGCUGGGCCCGGCCCGGGCUGAGACCCGACACCGAGCUGGGCGCCGACGACAUGGCCUUCGUCUUCAACGGGCACCGGGCCCAGCGGUGGCACGUCGGUGGCGAGUCCUUCGGGCGCCCCUGGCAGGCCGGGGACGUCGUGGGCUGCCUCAUCGACCUGGGCGAGUGCCACAUGAGCUUCACCCUCAACGGGGAGGUGCUGAUCGGGGACGGCGGCUCCGAGGUGGCCUUCAGGGACUUCGAGGUGGCCGACGGCUUUGUGCCCGUGUGCAGCCUGGGGCUGGGCCAGGAGGGGCACCUGAACCUGGGCCAGGACGUUGGCACCCUGCGCUACUUCGGCAUCUGCGGCCUCCAGGAGGGCUACGAGCCCUUCGCCAUCAACAUGAAACGGCCAAUCGCCCUGUGGUUCAGCCACAGCCUGCCCCAGUUCAUCCCCGUGCCCCCCGAGCACCCCCAGCUCGAGGUGACCCGCCUGGACGGCACCGUGGACACCCCUCCGUGCCUCCGCCUGUCGCACCGCAGCUCCGGGACGCCCGCGGCCCCGCCGGAGCUGCUGUUCCUGCGGCUGAGCCUGCCCGUGCAGUUCCACGGCACGUUCCGCUGCACGCCCGGCGCCACGCCGCUGCCGCAGGCGCCGCCCCCGGAGCCCCCCGAGGAGGCGAGCGCGGAGCCGCUGUCCGAGUUCGAGCGGCUGCGGCGCUCGGCCGGGCCCCGCAGCGCCGAGGGCGACGAGGGAGCCGAGAAGGGAGCGCCGGGGGCGGCGCCCGGGGCUGCUGCCGGUGCUGCCGGUGCCGCCGGUGCCGCGUCCCGGGAGCCGCCGCGGGGAGAGAACGAGAAGGACGCGACCACCGAGAAGAGCAAGACCAGGAGGGGGUUCCUGUUCAAGGGCCGGAAGACGCCGUUCGCGCCCCCCCCCGCGCCCCCUCCCGUGCCCAGGCUGGAGGAGGACGUGGUGCCCGACGAGCGCGACGACCCCGAGGUCAUCAUGAACACCACCACGUACUAUUACUCGGUGCGGCUGUUUGCGGGCCAGGAGCCGGGCAGUGCCUGGGUGGGCUGGGUCACCCCCCAUUUCCACCAGCACGACCCCGAUUUCGAGCUGAGCCGCGUGCGCAGCGUCACCGUCACCAUGGGCGACGACCGCGGCAACGUGCACGACAGCAUCAAGCGCAGCAACUGCUACAUGGUGUGGGGGGGGGAGUUUGCGACCCCCACCCAGCAGGCCAGGGUGUCCCACACUGACCUGGUCAUCGGCUGCCUGGUGGACCUGGCCACGGGGCUCAUGACCUUCACGGCCAACGGCAAAGAGAUCAACACCUUCUUCCAGGUGGAGCCCAACACCAAACUGUUCCCGGCGGUGUUCGUGCAGCCCACCACCCAAAAUGUGCUCCAGUUUGAGCUGGGCAAGCUCAAGAACAUCAUGCCCAUCUCGGCGGCCAUGUUCAGCAGCGAGAGGCAGAACCCGGCGCCGCAGUGCCCGCCCAGGCUAGUGAUCCAGCACCUGACCCCGGUCACCUGGAGCCGCAUGCCCACCGAGUACCUGGCCGUGGAGAGCGCCCGGCUGGGCGAGCGCCAGGGCUGGGCCGUGGAGUGCUCCGAGCCCCUGCAGAUGAUGGCCCUGCACAUCCCCGAGGAGGACAGGUGCAUCGACAUCCUGGAGCUGUGGGAGCGCGAGGACCUGCUGCAGUUCCAGUGCCACACGCUGCGCCUCUACUGCGCCGUGUGCGCGCUGGGCAACAACCGCGUGGCGCACGCGCUGUGCAGCCACGUGGACCAGGCCCAGCUGCUCUUCGCCAUCGAGAGCCCCGAGCUGCCGGGCCCCCUGCGCGCCGGCUACUACGACCUGCUGCUGGCCAUGCACCUGGACGCGGCGCAGCGCGCCCGCUCCUCCAUGAGCGCCGAGUUCAUCGUGCCCAUCACCGAGGCCACGCGCGCCAUCGCGCUCUUCCCCGACGGAGGCCGCUGCCCGGGACCCCCGGGCGUGGGGCCCAGCGCCUGCUUGAGACCCCAGCCCCAUUUCUCGGAGCCGUGCUUUAUCCGGGCCGGGGGCGGCGGAGGGCGGGCGCCGCUCAGCCCGGCCAUCCCUCUGGACGAGCUGGGGGCCAAGGCCAUGCGCAUGCUGGCCGAGGCCGUGGCCGGAGGGGGUCCCCACGCCCGGGACCCCGUGGGGGGCAGCGUGGAGUUCCAGUUGGUGCCGGUGCUCAAACUGGUGUCGGCGCUGCUGGCCGUGGGAGCGCUGGGCGACGACGACGUGCGGCGAGUGCUGCGCAUGAUCGAGCCCCGCGUGUUCGGCGAGGGACGGCGGGAGGAAGGAGAGGAGGAGGAGAAGGAGGAGGAGGGGGUGAAGGCCAUCGAGGCUGGCGAGGAGGAGGAGGAGGAUGAGGAAGCGAGGAGGAAAAAGGCCGUGGAGACUGGAGAGCUGGAGGAGGAGGAGGAGGAGGAAGAGGAGGAGGAGGGAGUGAGGAGGAGGAAGGCCAUCGAGGCUGGAGAGCUGCAGGCGGAGGAGGAGGAUGAGGAGGAGGCCAGGAGGACGAAGGCCAUUGAGGCUGGGGAGGUGCAGGAGGAGGAGGAGGAGAAGGAGGAAGAGGAAGAGCUGGAGGAGGGGCUGCUGCAGAUGAAGCUGCCGGAGUCGGUCAAGCUGCAGAUGUGCCACCUGCUGCAGCACCUGUGCGAGCGGGAGCUGCAGCACCGCGUCGAGGCCAUCGUGGCGUUCUCGGAGCGCCACGUGCAGCGGCUGCAGCGGGACCAGCGGCGCCGCUACGGGCGCCUCAUGCGCGCCCUGACCAUGUCAGCGGCAGAGACCGCCCGGCGCACCCGCGAGUUCCGCUCGCCCCCGCAGGAACAGAUCAACAUGCUGAUGCAGUACAAGGGAGGGGCUGAGGAUGAGGAGUGUCCCGUGCCUGGGGACAUCCGGGACGAGCUGCUGGACUUCCACAAUGACCUGCUGGCCCACUGCGGCAUCGAGCUGACGGAGGAGGAAGAGGAGGAGGAGGAGGAGACGUCGCUGCGGCAGCGGCUGCUGGGGCUGGUGCAGAAGGUGGUGGGGGUCCGGGGCCCCCCCAAGGAGGAGGAGACGCCCCCCGAGGAGCCCCCGGUGCCCAGCACGCUGCAGGAGCUGAUCUCGCAGACCAUGGUGCACUGGGCGCAGGAGUCGUUCAUCCAGAGCCCGGCGCUGGUGCGCGCCAUGUUCAGCCUGCUGCACCGGCAGUACGACGCGCUGGGCGAGCUGGGCCGGGCGCUGCCCAAGGCCUACGCCAUCAGCGCCACCUCGGUGCCCGACACCACGGCCCUGCUCGAGUGCCUGGGCCAGAUCCGCUCGCUGCUCAUCGUGCAGAUGGGCCCCGAGGAGGAGAACCUCAUGAUCCAGAGCAUCGGGAACAUCAUGAACAACAAGGUGUUCUACCAGCACCCCAACCUGAUGCGGGCCCUGGGCAUGCACGAGACGGUGAUGCAGGUGAUGGUCAGCGUGCUGGGCGGUGGCGAGUCCAAGGAGAUCCGGUUCCCCAAGAUGGUGACCAACUGCUGCCGCUUCCUCUGCUACUUCUGCCGCAUCAGCCGCCAGAACCAGCGCUCCAUGUUUGACCACCUGGGCUACCUGCUGGAGAACAGCGGCAUCGGCCUGGGCAUGCAGGGCUCCACCCCUCUGGACGUGGCGGCCGCCUCCGUCAUCGACAACAACGAGCUGGCCCUGGCCCUCAAGGAGCAGGACCUGGAGAAGGUGGUGACGUACCUGGCGAGCUGUGGGCUGCAGAGCUGCCCCAUGCUGCUGGCCAAGGGUUACCCCGACAUCGGCUGGAACCCCUGCGGGGGUGAGAAGUACCUGGACUUCCUGCGCUUCGCCGUCUUCGUCAACGGGGAGAGCGUGGAGGAGAACGCCAACGUGGUGGUGCGGCUGCUGAUCCGGCGUCCCGAGUGCUUCGGGCCGGCGCUGCGGGGCGAGGGCGGCUCGGGGCUGCUGGCCGCCAUCCAGGACGCCCUGAGCAUCGCCCAGGACCCCGCCCGGGACGGGCCCAGCGGCCGCAGGGAGAGGAGGCCGUUCGGGCCCGAGGAGCCCCCCGAGGAGAACCGGGUGCACCUGGGCCACGCCAUCAUGUCCUUCUACGCCGCCCUCAUCGACCUGCUGGGCCGCUGCGCCCCCGAGAUGCACCUGAUCCAGGCGGGAAAGGGGGAGGCCCUGCGGAUCCGGGCCAUCCUGCGCUCGCUCGUCCCGCUCGAGGACCUGGUGGGGAUCAUCAGCCUCCCCCUGCAGAUCCCGGCGCUGGGAAAAGAUGGGAACGUGGUGGAGCCCCGCAUGGCCGCCAGCUUUGUCCCCGAGCACAAGGCGCCCAUGGUGCUGUUCCUGGACCGUGUUUAUGGGGUGCAGAACCAGGAGUUCCUGCUCCACGUGCUGGAAGUGGGGUUCCUGCCCGACAUGCGCGCGGCCGCCUCGCUGGACACGGCCACGUUCAGCACGACGGAGAUGGCGCUGGCGCUGAACCGGUACCUGUGCCUGGCGGUGAUGCCGCUCAUCACCAAGUGCGCGCCGCUCUUCGCGGGCACUGAGCACCGCGCCAUCAUGGUGGACUCCAUGCUGCACACCAUCUACCGCCUGUCGCGCGGCCGCGCCCUCACCAAGGCCCAGCGCGACGCCAUCGAGGAGUGCCUCAUGGCCCUCUGCAGGUACAUCCGCCCCUCGAUGCUGCAGCACCUCCUGCGCCGCCUCGUCUUCGACGUGCCCAUCCUCAACGAGUUCGCCAAGAUGCCCCUCAAGCUGCUGACCAACCACUACGAGCGCUGCUGGCGGUACUACUGCCUGCCCAGCGGGUGGCCCAACAUGGGCGUCAGCUCCGAGGAGGAGCUGCACCUCACCAGGAAGCUCUUCUGGGGCAUCUUCGACUCCCUGGCGCACAAGAAGUUCGAGGCCGAGCUCUACAAGCUGGCCAUGCCGUGUCUCUGCGCCAUCGCCGGCGCGCUCCCGCCCGACUACGUGGACGCCAGCUACUCGUCCCGCACCGAGAAGAAGGCCUCGGUGGAUGCUGAGGGCAACUUCGACCCCAAACCCGUCGAGACCCUCAAUGUCAUCAUCCCCGAGAAGCUCGACGGUUUCAUCAACAAAUACGCCGAGUACACGCACGAGAAGUGGGCCUUCGACAAGAUCCAGAACAAUUGGACUUUUGAGACCGUGGACGAAGAAGCCAAAACCCACCCGAUGCUGAGACCCUACAAAACCUUUUCUGAGAAGGACAAGGAGAUUUACCGGUGGCCCAUCAAGGAGUCCCUCAAGGCCAUGCUGGCCUGGGAGUGGACGGUGGAGAAGGCGCGGGAAGGGGAGGACGAGCGCACGGAGAAGAAGAAAACGCGAAAAAUCUCCCAAAACGCCCAGGCCACCUACGACCCCUCCCAUGGGUACAGCCCCCAGCCCGUGGAUCUGAGUGGGGUCACUCUGUCCAGGGAGCUGCAGGCCAUGGCGGAGCAGUUGGCUGAGAACUACCACAACACCUGGGGCCGCAAGAAGAAGCUGGAGCUGGAGGCCAAGGGGGGGGGCUCCCACCCGCUGCUGGUGCCCUACGACACGCUGACGGCCAAGGAGAAGGCGCGGGACCGCGAGAAGGCCCAGGAGCUGCUCAAGUUCCUGCAGCUGCACGGAUACGCCGUGACCCGGGGGCUCAAGGACAUGGAGCUGGACACGUCGUCCAUCGAGAAACGCUUCGCCUUCGGCUUCCUGCAGCAGCUGCUGCGCUGGAUGGACAUCGCCCAGGAGUUCAUUGCGCACCUGGAGGCCGUGGUCAGCAGCGGGAGGGUGGAGAAAUCCCCCCACGAGCAGGAGAUCAAGUUCUUCGCCAAGAUCCUGCUGCCCCUCAUCAACCAGUACUUCCACAACCACUGCCUCUAUUUCCUGUCCACCCCGGCCCAGGUGCUGGGCAGCGGCGGCCACGCCUCCAACAAGGAGAAGGAGAUGAUCACCAGCCUGUUCUGCAAACUGGCCGCGCUCGUCCGGCACCGCGUGUCCCUGUUCGGCACAGACGCCCCGGCCGUGGUGAACUGUCUGCUCAUCCUGGCACGGUCCCUGGACGCCAGGACGGUGAUGAAGUCGGGCCCCGAGAUCGUCAAGGCCGGGCUGCGCUCGUUCUUCGAGUCGGCGGCCGAGGACAUGGAGAAGUUGGGGGAGCAGCUGCGGCUGGGCCGGGGGACCCCGACCCGUGCCCCCACCAAGGGCGUGGCCCAGAAUGUCACCUACACCUCGGUGGCACUGCUGCCCGUGCUCACCGCCCUCUUCGAGCACCUGGCACAGCACCAGUUCGGGGACGACGUCAUCUUGGACGACGUGCAGGUGUCCUGUUACCGCAUCCUGUGCAGCAUCUACAGCCUGGGCACCGCCCGCGGGCCCCUCGUGGACAGGCAGAGGCCGGCCCUGGGCGAGUGCCUGGCCCGCCUGGCCGCCGCCAUGCCCGUGGCCUUCCUGGAGCCGCAGCUGAACCACCUGAACCCCAGCUCCGUGUACAGCACCAAGAGCGCCCGCGAGCGCGCCCUGCUGGGCCUCCCGUCCCGCGUCGAGGAGCUGUGCCCGGACCUGCCGGACCUGGAGCGCCUCAUGGGCGACAUCGGCGGCCUGGCGGACUCGGGCGCGCGCUACACGGAGAUGCCGCACGUCAUCGAGGUGACGCUGCCCAUGCUGUGCCACUACCUGCCCCGCUGGUGGGAGCGCGGCCCCGACGCCGCCCCCCAGGGCCCCUGGGCCACCGAGGUCACCGGGCACCACCUCAACGCCCUGCUGGGCCACAUCCUGCGCAUCGUGGUCAACAACCUGGGCAUCGACGAGGCCUCCUGGAUGAAGAGGCUGGCGGUUUUCGCCCAGCCCAUCGUGAGCAAGGCGCGGCCGGAGCUGCUGCGCUCCCAUUUCAUCCCCACGCUGGGGCGGCUGCGCAAGCGCGCGGGGAAGGUGGUGGCCGAGGAGGAGCAGCUGCGGCUCGAGGGCAAGGCCGAGGCCGAGGACGCUGAGCUGCUGAUCCGCGACGAGUUCUCGGUGCUCUGCCGCGACCUCUACGCGCUCUACCCGCUGCUCAUCCGCUACGUGGACAACAGCCGGGCCAAGUGGCUGACGGAGCCCAACGAGGACGCCGAGGAGCUGUUCCGCAUGGUGGGCGAGGUCUUCAUCUACUGGUCCAAGUCCCACAACUUCAAGCGUGAGGAGCAGAACUUUGUGGUGCAGAACGAGAUCAACAACAUGUCCUUCCUGACGGCCGACAGCAAGAGCAAGAUGGCCAAGUCUGGAGAUGGACAGGGAGGUGGCUCGGAGCAGGAGCGCUCCAAGAAGCGCCGCCGCGGGGACAGGUACUCGGUGCACACCUCGCUCAUCGUGGCCACGCUCAAGAAGAUGCUGCCCAUCGGCCUCAACAUGUGCUCACCUGCCGACCAGGAGCUGAUCGCGCUGGCCAAGGGCCGCUACGCCCUGAAGGACACGGACGAGGAGGUUCGGGAGUUCCUGCACAACAACCUGCACCUGCAGGAGAAGGUGGAGAACACGGGCUCGGCGCGCUGGCAGAUGGCCCUGGUGCGCCAGGCCGGGCGGACGAGGGCCCCGCCAGCCCCGAGCAGGUCGUGCGCCGUCGUGCAGAGGGUGUCGGCCGUGCUCUACCACCUCGAGCAGACAGAGCACCCCUACAAGUCCAAGAAGGCCGUGUGGCACAAGCUCCUGUCCAAGCAGCGCCGCCGCGCCGUCGUCGCCUGCUUCCGCAUGACGCCCCUGUACAACCUGCCCAGGCACCGUGCCUGUAACAUGUUCCUCGAGUCCUACCGGCUCUCGUGGCUGGCCCGGGAGCAGCCGCCCUUCGAGGAACCGAAUGAUCGACGACCUCUCGAAGUCGGGCCGGGAGGAGGAGGAGGAGGAGGAGGAGGCGGAGGCGCGGCCGGACCCGCUGCACCAGCUGAUCCUGCACUUCAGCCGCACCGCCUCACCGAGCAGAGCCACCUGGAGCAGGAUCACCUGUACAUGGCCUACGCCGGCAUCAUGGCCAAGAGCUGCCACAUCGAGGAGGGCGAGGAGGAGGAGAAGGAGGAAGAGGAGAAGGAAGAGGAAGAAGCCGAGGAUUCCUUUGAGGAGAAGGAGAUGGAGAAGCAGAAGCUGCUGUCGCAGCAGGCCCGGCUGCACACGCGCGGAGCGGCCGAGAUGGUGCUGCAGAUGGUCAGCGCCUGCAAGGGCGAGCGGGGGCGCCAUGGUCUCCUCCACGCUCAAAAGAUGCUGGAGUACCUCAAGUCCAAGCGCGAGGUCGGCUUCUUCCAGAGCGUGCAGGCGCUGAUGCAAACCUGCAG